CAAAACCCUCAUCAGAGAUAAAAGGAACGCCAAAAACCCAGAGGGAAUAAAAAGCAAAGCAAAGAAGAGAGAAAUAGAAAGCGGGAGAGAGAGAAAGAGAAGAAGAGUCAAAAGAGAAAAAAAAAAAAAAACCGAGAAAUUUCAAAAUAUCUAUGGCAAAUCUGUUGAAACCCCAUGCUCGAAAUACCUUCCAAUACCUCAAGCAGCACCAUUCCGCCAUUGCUACCAGCAUCACCACAACCAACACCAGAGCUCUUUCCACUCGUCCUCUGUACUCCGCCAAAGUUGGAUCGCUUGCUCCGGCCCCUCACUUCCUCACCGUCCGCAAUCUUCGCACCGGUCGCGACUCUAGAAACUAUGAAAUUGCGCCUCCUUUGAAUUGGGGUAUUCGUAUUGUGCCCGAAAAGACUGCUUAUGUGGUAGAGCGCUUUGGCAAGUACGUCAAGACCCUUCCAUCUGGAAUCCACUUUUUGAUUCCAUUUGUCGAUCGGAUUGCCUACGUGCAUUCGUUGAAAGAGGAGGCCAUACCAAUUCCUGACCAGUCUGCUAUCACUAAGGACAACGUUAGCAUUGUGAUUGAUGGGGUGCUUUAUGUCAAGAUUGUGGAUCCUAAGUUGGCUUCAUAUGGGGUUAAUAAUCCAAUUUAUGCGGUUAUUCAGCUUGCCCAGACUACCAUGCGUAGUGAGCUUGGGAAAAUCACUCUCGACAAAACAUUUGAGGAGAGAGAUACCCUCAAUGAAAAGAUUGUUGAGUCCAUCAACAAGGCUGCAAAAGAGUGGGGUCUAGAAUGCCUUCGUUAUGAAAUAAGGGAUAUAUCUCCUCCUCGUGGAGUGAGGGCAGCUAUGGAGUUGCAAGCAGAAGCAGAACGUAAAAGGAGAGCACAAGUUCUUGAGUCGGAAGGAGAAAGACAAGCCAAUAUCAAUAUUGCUGAUGGAAAAAAGAGUUCUGUGAUCUUAGCAUCAGAAGCUGCAAGGAUGGAUCAGAUUAACAGAGCUAACGGAGAAGCACAAGCUAUUCUUGCCAAAGCAAAAGCAACUGCUGAAGGACUCGCUGUUGUGUCACAGGCUCUCAAGGAUACUGGGGGAGUUGAGGCAGCAAGUUUGAGAAUCGCUGAACAAUAUAUGCAAGCCUUCAGUAAAAUUGCCAAGGAGGGGACUACAAUUUUGCUUCCAAGCUCUGUUUCCAAUCCCUCCAGCUUAAUGGCCGAAGCUCUCGUCAUGUACAAAAGCUUGGUUGGCAAUGCUUCUGGUAAUGUACUUCAAGAAACACCUCUUGGCAUAACAGGGGCUGGAAAGGGUGCACACUCUGGAGAAACUGAAGUUAAGAGCACCAAGACAAAUAAAGAAGCAAAAGACAGUCAUUUUGAAGCAAAAAAGGGUCACUCUGAAGAACCAGAGUUCUCACUGCAGAGUCACAAAAAAUUAGAAUAGAGUAGGUUUAUGCAACCGGAUCUCUCACCGAUUACCCACAAACAUGUUAUUGGGUUUUGAUAUAUCUUUUUGUCAUCUGAGUCUAUUCCUUUGUUAGUUUCCGUAGAGAAUGAUGAAGAUUUAUUAAACUUUUUAGACUCUUCUUAUUUUGUUAUAUUCACGGCAGAAGGAUAGUAUAAUCAUAUGAGUUAUAUGAUUUUUCAGUAACUGAACAAAAUCAUAAUUGAAAAUAUCUCAGUAUAAUGACAUUUUAUUGUGUGUUUUUGCUUGGUUU